GGGUGGGGGGGUGUCCUGUUUGCGCAGGCGCUCUGGGAAUCCCGAGUUUCGGGGCGCACUAAGGGGUUGAAUUUUGUGAGGGGGCGUUCUGUCCUUCCCCAGCUCGUACUGAGGGUGGGAGGGGUUCAAGAUAGGGUCUGAGGCGGACGGAGGAGCCAUGAGUGCAGCAGAUGAGGGCGCAGCUACCGUGGCCAUUGCAGUGGGCACAGCACGUGGUAGCCAGGGUGCGCCAGGUGGUCCUGGUGGCCCCGAUGGCCCUGGCGACCCAGGUAGCUCUGGUGACCCCGUCAAUCCUGGUGACCCUGGCGACCCCGGUAUUGCAAGAGAGGCAGGUGGCACAGCUGGUGGCAUUCCGCAGAUCCAGCGGGCACCCCAUGCCCCAGGGCCAGGUAGAGACGCAGCACCCGAGGCUGGAGUUCCGGGUCACCUACCACUCCAGUUCACGCUUCAUGUGCCUUUCCCAUCGCCCGUGGAGGCGGAGAUCUUCCACUACUUCCUGAUGGUAAAUGCUCAACUCCGAGGGCCGAUUCAGAGGGAGCUUGAUGUGAACGGCACCGUCCUGGCCAUCUGAUUGACUGCUGAAGAUGCUGGCCAACUGCAAACAGCCGUCACCUGCUGUCUGGACCAGCUUUCCCUGGUGAUGCGUACCUUGCAGCGCUUUGUGCCCCCCUUUUUUGCUAAGCCUCAGCAGGACACAGGGGGCUAAACCUAACUCAGGUGCCCUGGCCUCUGCAUCCUUCCCUAGGGCACUGCUUUCUGCAGUGGUUGCCACGUUGUUGUCGGGGCUUAAUCUGUUGCCUGUAUGGGCCCUUGCAGGCUCAGGGUCCAUGUGUUUUGUUUGCUGAUUAAAUGUUUGUUAACUGCGGAAAAUACAACUGAGCUACUGUUCUGUACGUUUAUUUUUAGCUUCUGCACCUCCUAAUAUUCUUGCAUUUGUCCUCAGCUUGCAGGGGAGGUCUGGGAUUCA